UCUGCUGAGAUAUAUUAGAGAUUGACUUAUAGGUUUCCAAUCACCAUCUCAGUGUUUUACUUACUGUAAGAUGAAGGUUAUCCUGCUUCUUGCGUUGACUGGAUUGUUGAUCAUUGCCACAAGUGGCAUGCCAGCCUUGGGGAAAGGCUACAACAGCCACUGUCUCUGCUUUGAGUUUGAGUCUCGGGUCAUCCCGCAGGAGAGGCUGCGGAGUGUUGAGAUCCUUCCCCGAGGCCCGCACUGCAGCAGCACCGAGAUUGUUGCCCGUUUGGUGACCGGUGAGAAGAUCUGUCUCAACCCUAGCGCAACGUGGGUCAGGAGGCUUGUCCGCUAUGUGAUAGAGAAGGAGGCCCUGCAGCGGGGUUGAGUGUGGGACAAAGCAGUUGUUUCCUUUCUUCUGGAGCUGCUCAUGAGGCAGUUACCAGUUCAGUGUAAUCUUGGUUGCAACCCAUUUUGUCUUGAGCCAGUCUUUUAUUGUGGUUCUACCUUUUUGUAGACAAGAUUUGUAACAUUUAUGUUUUCUUUAUAUGUUAUGUUUUUCCCACACAAGCAGGAUGCUGUAACAUUCCACUCAUUUUUUGCAUAGGAUGUCUCUCAGAAAAGUUUGGUAUUUUGUUCAAGGACAAUAAAACUCAGACUUUAUAUUGUA